GCGGCCGGCGGGUGUCAUGGCGGCGGCGGCGGCGCGCUGGGCCUUGGUGGCCGCUGUGGUGGUGGCGUUGGCUGUGGCGUUGGAUAACGGCGUGGCGCGGACGCCGCCCAUGGGCUGGUUGCACUGGGAGCGCUUCCUCUGCGGCACCGACUGCGCUGCUGAGCCGGACCGCUGCGUCAGCGAGCGGCUGUUCACCGAGAUGGCCGACGUGAUGGUCGCGGAGGGCUGGAAGGAAGCGGGCUACGAGUUCGUCUGCAUCGACGACUGCUGGAUGGCGCCCACGCGGGACGAGCGGGGCCGGCUGCGGGCGGACCCCCGGCGUUUCCCCAGCGGUAUCCGUGCACUGGCGGACUACGUCCAUUCCAAAGGGUUAAAGCUGGGGAUCUACAGCGACGUGGGGAACACGACGUGUGCCGGCUUCCCUGGCAGCUACGGGCACUACGAGUUGGAUGCUCAGACCUUUGCCUCCUGGGGUGUGGACUUGCUGAAGUUUGAUGGCUGCAACGCCGACUCGCUGGAGCUGCUGGCAGAAGGUUACAGGAACAUGUCUCUGGCCCUGAACAAGACUGGCAGACCUAUUGUGUACUCCUGUGAAUGGCCUUUCUACCUGAGGCCCAUGCAGCAGCCCAAUUACACAGAGAUCAAACAGUAUUGCAAUCACUGGAGGAACUUUUACGAUGUCUAUGAUUCUUGGAACAGCAUCAAGAGUAUCAUGGAGUGGACAGCACUUCACCAGGACAGCAUUGUGAAGAUAGCUGGGCCAGGGGGCUGGAAUGACCCUGACAUGUUGGUGAUUGGGAACUUCGGGCUGAGCUGGGAGCAGGCAGUGACUCAGAUGGCGAUGUGGGCGAUAAUGGCAGCGCCGCUCUUCAUGUCCAAUGACCUGCGGCACAUGAAACCAGAGGCCAAGUGGCUGCUCCAGAACAAGGAGGUGAUCGCCAUCAACCAGGAUCCGCUGGGCAAGCAGGGCUAUCGCAUCACUAAGGACAAGAACUUCGAGCUGUGGGAACGGCCCCUAUCUGACAGAGCCUAUGCUGUGGCAGUCCUAAACCAGCAGGAAAUCGGGGGACCCCAGAACUUCACCUUCUCCCUCACCUUCCUUGGCAAUGGACUGGCCUGCAACCCGGCGUGCUGCAUCCAGCAGAUCCUGCCGACCAGCAGGGACUGGGGGGUCCACAACUGGGUCUCCUCCCUGAGCGUGGAAGUGAACCCAACAGGCACUGUACUGCUCAAACUAGUGCCGCUGUAGGAGGUGUGAUUUUUGUUUUGGUAAGCCUCACGCUUUGCACUUCUUGUCCUAAAGCAUUCACUACGCAAGAGCUUCUCCAUGGACGUUGAACCUUCUGCCUAGUGUAACAAAUGCCCGUGACUCUGUUACCACGAGAUAGUGGGAAAAGGGGUGCUGCUUCUCUCCUGUUUACCCUUUCUCUGACAUCUCACCCAGCUCUCCUUUCUCAAGGGCUUACAAGGCCCCCAGCAGGGUAACAACUCAUUGCCACUACUACCAAAGAUAUGUAAGAGGUGCAUGCAGUGUUCUACAGCUCUUCUUCAGCAUUUCAGGCACAAAAGGGCAGCACAGCCCAGCUGCUCCGCUGUGUGCUUUGGCAGGCUGGUGUGCACACUUGAAGGCUCUUAAGACCACAACUAGGAAAAGCUGUUCCUGCUGAAGAAAUUCAACACUGUCCUGAGAGCAGUUACCUCCUUCCACCUUCUGAACUCAGGGAUUGGCCUCAAUCACAGCACUUAGUAGCUGAUUCUUAGCAGACCUCUGCUGAAUGUGAUUAAGUAUGAUGCCUUCAAGCUGAGCUUUGAGGGUUUCCCCUUAAUCACAAGCCUUCCUCUCAUCCAUAUCUGUCCCUUUAGAUGACAGUUCCCCACUCCACCCUUUGUGGGGCCGCUGGAGAAUCCUUCCUUAGUGAGCUCCCUUCCAGAAAUAACUGCUUUCUUUGCCCUGGUGGCAGCAACCCUUAGCUUAAAGCUGCAGGAUAGACAGUUAACCACUCACACAAAUACAUUCUUUCCAGGCUACCGCACAAUCUGGAUGCCUGGAUUUGUUCUAAUGUUUGUGUUUACAACUCCAAUUGAAGCCUUCCUAAGCAGGGCUACCUGCGCAAGAGUACCAAGCAUGGUAGCUGAAAUUAAAUCAAAGUUUUGGAAAACAGUUCACUAAGUUCUCAAAAAUCAUCAUGAUUACUAGAAGCAACACUCAGUAAAGCGGAUUUGAUGCACUUGUACUCUAUGCAUAUUAUACACCUCUUGGAGCAAGGAACAUCUGUUGGGUUAACGUACUUGCAAGUCUCAGCCCACCAGCAGCACAGAAUACACAAAACCAAGUAACAGAUCACUUCCAAAUACUUUAAUAUGGUCCAAAAAUGAGUAGGAUGCAGCUUAGAACUGUAUCACCUGGCCCUAUAAGGAGGAAGAGAUGAGUGUGAGUUUAUUCACCGCUGAAUCCUGCCCUCUCCCAACCCUGGCAGCACAUAGCCUGCUGUCUGUCCCUUCUGCAGCCACUUCAGGCAGGCUGUUGCACGUUGCUCAUAAUCCUCCCCUUGAUACAGAGCCUCACUCAACACUUAGGGAGUGCUCAGCCUGUGCUGCUGGCACUACUCCCCCCAAAGCCACAGCUGUUCUCAUACCCACCCAGAUGAUUCUUCCAUCAUCAGCCAGUCUUGGUACACGCACAUACCUUUCUCUUCUUGUCUCCUCCCAGUUCAAAGUGCUUGCAUCUCUUAAUUGCCAGCAUCCUCUUGGACCUGCAGUUGGGCUCCACGCACUCCAGCCUCAGCACAAUCUUCUUUGUGGUCUUGGCCUGGGAUGGGAGGAGCAGUGCAUGAGUGAACAAAGUGUCCAAAAGCAAAUAAAUUGCUGCUCUCAGGAAAAGCCUGUUAUCUCUACCCUUAGAAGAUUAAUCAGCUUGUUCUCAAAACAUAAUAAGAGACUAUACACAGCUGACUUGCUCCAUUAAACACAAAAAGGUGUCUUAGAGACCGGUAAAGAGUGGGUCUGCUCCUUUGCCUACUCAUGUUUAUAAAGAACUGGCAAAAGGAUCUACUGGGGCAGGGUUGGUCUCCUGCAGAGGUCACUAACACUGGAGGAAAGCCGCUCCAACAAACGUCUGUCAGGUUUUGCUUCCCUACUGUAACAGCACAGAUUUCAGCCCCCAUCCCUUAGCAGAACGUAGGUGGGGGCACAGAAGGAAAACAUGCUAUAUGACUGCAGCUCCAGGCACUCCAUAAAUUGGAGAGGAAGGCAGACAGCAGCACAUGUAACAAAACACCCCGCUCCUUCUACUGCUGCUUCAAGAAUUCCUUUCAUUAAAAGCAUUAUUUCCGUUAA